UGUGUGACAUCUGAAGCCUGGGACGCUGGUGACCAUGCUGUUGGCUCCUCUGUGUUUGCUGCUGAUGCUGGGGGAGCGUGCUCUUGCUGGUGGCUAUCCCCCCAUACCCCAUAUGAAGUACAUGCAGCCCAUGAUGAAAGGGCCAAUUGGACCGCCUUUCAGAGAGGGCAAGGGGCAUUAUGUCGAUAUGCCACCCAUGAUGGAGGUGAAGGGGGAACCAGGCCCCCAAGGGAAACCUGGACCAAGAGGUCCCCCAGGGCCAUCAGGGCUUCCAGGAAAACCUGGACUAGGCAAGCCAGGUCUCAAUGGCCAGCCAGGCCCCCAGGGACCUUCUGGUUUUCCAGGAAUUGGGAAGCCUGGACUAACAGGUCUACCAGGAAAGAUUGGGCCAAAGGGGAUGCCUGGUAUUAAUGGAGAGGUUGGCCCUCGAGGUGAACCAGGUCCCAGAGGUCCUUCAGGGCAGCCAGGACUACCUGGACCAGCUGGUCUCUCUCUGAAUGGGAAACCAGGGCUUCCAGGCAUCAGAGGCCCCGCCGGGUCUCGUGGUGAACCAGGACUUAAGGGUUUAUCUGGCCAACCAGGUGACCGUGGGCUUAAAGGUGAAGAUGGAAACGGGAAACCAGGGCCUACUGGUAUAAGGGGUCCACCUGGUCUAAAAGGAAGUCCAGGACCACCUGGUCUUCCAGGUAUAGGCAAACCAGGACUCAAAGGUUUGCCUGGAUUGCCUGGUCUUAAAGGUGAUCAAGGACCCCCAGGGGAUCUAGGAGAACCAGGGGAGGCUGGGGCUCCAGGUUCACAAGGUUUACCAGGGCCAGUUGGAUUAGGGAAGCCUGGUGUCGACGGACUGCCUGGAGGACCAGGUCCAUUCGGUCCAAAAGGUGAGCCAGGACCAAGGGGUUCUCCUGGCUUUCCUGGGACUCCUGGCUAUGGAAAACCUGGUCUGAGUGGGACAAAAGGAGAUAAGGGCCAUAGUGGAUUGCCAGGUCUCCCAGGGGACAAAGGAGAGCCAGGGAUGGUGGGCCCAAUUGGGGAACCAGGCCUUGAUGGACUAUCUGGACCCCCAGGACUUCAAGGGCCAAUGGGACUCCCAGGAAAACACGGAAUGACAGGACAGAAGGGCGAGUUGGGGCCCCAGGGUCCCCCAGGGCUACCUGGCCUCAGAGGUGACCAAGGGACAAGUGGACCCUCUGGAAAACCUGGCAUCCCUGGGGAAAAAGGCAUCCCCGGGCCUAAUGGUCCUUUUGGAAAACCUGGACCAAAAGGUGAGUCAGGACAUAUUGGCCUACCAGGGAAUCCAGGACUGACAGGUUCUCCAGGUCCCAAAGGUGAGACAGGGUUUAUAGGGACCCCAGGGCCUAGGGGACAGUCAGGCAUCCCAGGUCUUCAGGGCCCUAUGGGACCCAUGGGGCCACAGGGUAUUCCAGGUCAUAAGGGUGAACCUGGACUCACAGGGUCUCCAGGCCUUGGUAAGUUGGGAGAAAAGGGAGCUAUUGGUCCCCAAGGUCCCCCAGGGAAACCAGGCCCUUCUGGGCUUAAUGGUAACACUGGACCACCUGGGCCUCCAGGGCCCCCUGGUCCUCCAGGAAAUGGCCAGACAGUGGUUGCAGGGCCAACAGGUUCACAGCUAGAAGGGGAUGAAGUACCAGGAGACAGGAAGGGGCCUGCGUACAGUCAAGUUCCACUCUCUGCCUCUGUGGCCCCUGCCUUCACAGCCAUCCUCACCACACCUUUCCCUCCGUCUGCCAUGCCAAUCAAAUUUGACAGGACCCUGUACAAUGGGCAAAACGCCUACAGCUCUGCUACUGGCAUGUUCACUGCUCCUUUAUCCGGUGUCUACUACUUUGCAUACCACAUGCACGUAAAGGGAACUAGCCUGUGGGUGGCACUGUACAAGAACAAUGUACCUGCCACUUACACCUAUGAUGAGUACAAGAAAGGCUACAUGGACCAGGCGUCUGGUAGUGCUGUCCUAGAGCUGAAGGAGGGGGAUCAGGUCUGGGUCCAGAUGCCAUCAGAUCAGGCGAAUGGUCUCUAUUCGACCGAGUACAUCCAUUCCUCCUUCUCAGGAUUCUUACUCUGUCCAACAUAACCCCGUCCCCUUUUUUUUUCAAACACGUUCCUGUAUUGGCACCUCAGAGCAGCCCUUAACCUAAAACACCUGCAGCCAUAAUAGAAACACAAAACCCAUAGGAUUCUCAACAUGAUUGCCAUCAUCAUUAUCCAUCUCACCCUCAACAACAUCUGCGAAAGAAAAGAAAAACUCUGUGAAUGGAAACGUUUUUAAAAACAGGGGAAGAAAUUUCAUACUUUGUUAUUUGUUUCAAUGUCCUUCAAAUGUGUGUUUUGGGUUAUAUUUUAUGUCAGUGUUUUUUAGCUUAUAUUAUGUUAAUUAUUAUAUUGUCAUAAUUUUAUUUUUUAUUGCUUGGUCCUCAUCAUCAUCAUUGUUGGAUUCAGACAAUUAUGUGACUUACUUUGAAAUGUGCUAGUGACAAACCCUUCCAUGUGACUGCACAUCCUGCCUUCAUGCUUCAUACGGACAACAUCACCAGACCCUGAUGGGCUCCUGUUGCAGUCAUCCCCCCUCAUGUUCUUAUUAAGGCAGUGAAUGGCAAGUCUGACAUAGCAAUACAACAUACAAACAUACAUAAGCAACAACAAGGCAUUUGGUGCUUUAAUUAGGGAUGUUCCUAGGCAACUAAUUACCUAGUGGGUUAAAUAGAAAUUUAAAUUCAGACUAAUCAAUUAGGCAAAAGGUAAGAAAAUUCAGUGAGAAGUCCAAAUUGAGCGCACUUUUUUUCUUAAUUUUCUGCAGGUAAAUUAUGUUAUUUGAUAGGCAAUGUGUGGCUAAUGUUUUCAGGGCUAGCACCGCCAGCCUUAGGUUCUUCCUGCAAGAUAACAUCCACAUGCCUCUACUAAAUGUGGUUACGCAUUGCUCCAGUCAAUAUGCCAAUUUAACCUGACACAGCAUAUUUCCCUCUAAAUUUUCUAGAUCAAAAUACCGCCAAACUGUGCUGCUUCUACUAGAUGUUACCCCUCCCAUUGUGCUUUUUUUUACAUAUCGGUAGAAAAUGUGGAGAGCAGGCCCAUUAAAUGAAGCAGCAGCCAGUGUAUGGCUUCAGCCCUGGUUAGUGGCGGGUAGAUGUGUUGCAGUUUGAGCAUAACAUUCAAAGGCCGAUAUAUCAAACCAUUUAAAAUAAUGGAUCUUUGUCUUUGGUUAAUUGACUGAAAUGUUAAUAAAUCCUAGAAGUGCAAUGAUCGAAUUAAAAAGAUCUUGCAGUAUUGGAAUUAUUUUAAAUUGCCCAUUUCACGAGCAUAAGGAAUGAAUAUCAUUCAAAACAAUGCCUUAUUGUUACUGUUUGAACAACUAUAAUUGAGGCUGAUAUGUAUGCAUACAGUCAAUGUUUACGAGCCAUAGAAAAGAUACUGAGAGGAACUGCAUAAUGGACAGGAAGGACACAACCAUAGCUGGAUUGAUGGCCUGUUUCACUUUAUUGAUCUAUUACAGGCAACCUACUUCAGACAUUCUGACCAUGACGUCACUGCUUACAAAUGUUAUAUAACUUUGUGAUAAACCAAUCAACGCUCAUAGUGAGAAAUCUGUACUUCCAUGAAAGCCUCGGACCACAUAUACUGUAACAUAAUCUGUGAACAUGCUGUAAACUGGGCUUCAAAAAACAGGGAGGCAGAUGGACUAUAAUAUAAAACAAUCAGUUUUUUCUUCAAUGCAAGAUAAGGCAAUUAAGAGCAAUUCUGAGUCAUUUGUGGUUCUAAAUACAAAGGCCUUUUUUAAGUUCCAGCCCAUUUUGUCCAAACUAGCUAAAUAAUUUUUAAGCUUUAUCCGUGGCUACAGGACUACAUGUUUUAUAACUCAGUAAUGUUAAAUGUGAAAUGAGAAUCAAUCUGCAUAAACUCCAUGAAUAAGUAAAGGGACAGGCAGUGGCCCACAGGUUGUGAAAUACAGGUUGUGUAACAUAUAACAAACUCCUGCCAGAUUUCUGGGAGAGUUGGUGGGCCAUAGGUGAGAGCCAUUUAUUUACUCCUCUGCUGGAUGAGGCAUUAAAUAUACCUUGUGUGUGUGUGUGUGUGUGUGUGUGUGUGUGUGUGUGUGUGUGUGUGUGUGUGUGUGUGUGUGUGUGUGUGUGUGUGUGUGUGUGUGUGUGUGUGUGUGUGUGUGUGUGUAUGAAUACAUGUGCUUGUAUUUUGUAGUACGUGUGCCCUUCUGUUGAUUUAAGUGUGUGAGUAGAUGUUUCACGUUGUCCUCCAAGCAUUGUGGGCAGCCAAGAUAAUACCAAACUUGCUGAAGUUGCAAAAUCUUAGGAAAAGGCUCAUAGUCCUGUCAAUGAUCCACAAUAAAUUUGACUAUAAAGUGUUUCAGUAUCUUUUGGGUUUUAAAAUAAUUUCGCAUACUAUUCUAGUGCCUUUUUAAAGUAAGGGAAAACAAUAUAUAAAAUAGGUAAAUCGUGAAUGUAAUGUAUCGAUUGUGAGAGACAAAAACAAUUGUUUCAUUAUCGUUGCACAAUCAUCAUUAGAAAAUGAUGUUAAAUCAUUAAAUAGAGUUAAAAUACUUGAUCUUAAUACUGAUACUUAAUCCAAUGAGUGGCAAAUUGUUUUUGCAUAACUGAAACUGGUCGAAAUAAUUGAAUAACAUUCUGAUGAAGUGUACCAGAAUGUUUAUGAAUGGUGACAGAAGGGAGGAGCUGUUCAGGUUUGGGCAAAAUCAGUUAAAACAUUUGUGCUUUAGUUACCGAUUCCGUGCCUUUUGAUUCCUAAAUUGAGGAUCCCAGUCAUAUUAAGGCUGCCAGAAUAACAUUAUUACUAAGAUUUUUUGGAGUGCCUUACACCUUGAUGGAGGAGUGGGAGGAUUGUGCCAAAUAUGAUCAGAGCCUGCAAUCAGAAUGAAUGUAAAAUGUUUGACUGAUUUACAGCAAUUAUAAAACAAUUCAUUGCUGCAUGUGUUACUAUAAAACACUAACCUUUUAUAUUUUACUUUGGAAAAGCAGUGCUAGCAUUUAGGUCUCAUCAGUAUAUGACACCCAUGUAAUGCAAACAAUUCGCUUGGCCUUUGCCUCUAAUAACAUGAACACAAUCACAAUGGCCAUGUAUCACUGUGAGUCUGCAAGACAGUCCAAGGCUUGUUAUGUACUGUAUGUUGCCUUUUUUUUGUCGCUAUAUAAUUUUGGACAUAUGAAGCAUGGUGUGAGUUACUUGUCACUAUUACUUUCUGUCCUUGUGUUUUCAUAGACAAUGUCACUUGCUUGCAGAGUUUGCCCCGGGUGCAAAUCAUUGAACAAGUGUCAGUAAGAUCCAUGUACUGUCUGAAACAAAAUAGCUUUUAAGUGUUUUUUGUUCUUUAAAAAAAAAAAAAAAAAAGAUUAAUAAAAAGCCUUGCUUCGGUUAUUAAGGGAUAUUUGUUUGUUUUAGUGUCAGUAAAUACAAACGGCCAUUCCCAUUUGCACAUGAACUAAUGAAGAUGUAUUUAUACAUUUAUGAUAAUUUAAUAGGGAUGCCAAAACCGACCACCGAAGCCGAGAACGUAUAUAUGGUAUUUAACAGCAUUGAUGAGUUAAGAGCAUUUACAACAUUUAGUUAGCAUUCUAGCGUUGUUUGUGAAGGAUUAUUUGUGGACUUUUAUUUUCUAAUUGUGUAAUGUUCUAUGUAUCAACGUAUAGGAUUUUUGUCAUACAAGGCACUCUAUGCAAUAGAAUAUGGGUAUAAAAUGCACUCUUUUUGAUUGAAAUGUUUGUCUGCUUAUACAAAAUCUACAGUACUUGAUUGUAUUGAUACCACAUCAAUAAAAACAUUCUUGUA